AUGCAGCCAUUUGCCAACCUGUAUUGGACUCCAGAUUACAUCAGUGGGUUGCGGAACCUACAAUCAUAUACAUAUGUCUCGUUGAAUCAACUACACGAUUUUCGAAAGUUGAUAUUCAAUUACUUGAAAUAUUUUCAUUCCAAUAGCGAAUACUUGAACAAAACCAGCAAUGAAUUGGCAUCAACGGAAUCAUUCAGUGGUAAAAUUGGUGAAAUUCCAAAGUACUAUUCAUGCAUUGAAAUGUUUAGGAACGAAAUGUUAGGAGAAUCAACGACCUUAUUGCAAUUGGCAUCUAGUAUUGACAAAUUUGUGCUUGAUGAUCUAACUAAUUAUCUCAAGCACCACGAGUCGAGUAUAAAGAAGGAAUUUAGCCGUUUGGAGGAGCUAUACGAGGAGUAUCUCACUUUAAGUCAAAAGAUGGAGAAAAGCAAAUCGAAAUAUUUCGAUGAAUUGAGAUUGAGGGAGGUAUCACAACCGCAAGUUAAUGAACAAGAGCGGCCGCAAGAUGGGGACGAUUACGACUACAGUGAUGACGAAUCUUAUUUUGAAGAAGAUUCACAGAACAGUAUACGACGUCAAAUAGAUGCUGAUUUAAAAUUCCCACUACAUGUUGGUACUGUAAUCUUUGAAACUAUUGAAGAAUUUCAAGUUAUUCUUGCACAGAUCAUUGCAGAGACUCCCACAGUCAAACGUAAAAUUCCUAUUCCAGGAUACAAGAACGAUUUAUUUGCCAGCGAGUCUCUCUGUGAAGCACUUAAUGAUCUACGAAUUAAAGGGUUAAAACCAACGAGGUCAAAUUUUGAAAAGUUUGGUCAGUCAUUAGUCACUCUAAAAUUGCUCAAUCCUACAAAUAUAUUCCAAAAACGGUUCAAAAGCGAAGGCGUCUGGUUUGAAUGGUCAGAUUUGGCAAUCCACGUAUCUCAAUUUCACGAAGAGUCAACGCCUUCCACUCCUGUUAAGCAGUUAACCCCUUCCAAUCGUAAAGUCUCAUCCCCUUCAUCAAGAUUCAUGAGUGAUAUGGCGGAGACGACAACUAGAUUCAAUAGUAUGUUCAACAAUGUUAAAAGUUCCAUCAUGAAAAAAAAUCACGAGGAAAUCGUUCUGGAUAUCAUUGAUCAAUAUAAUGAACAAAAUCUUGAACUACAAGAACUGGCAUACUUAUUACAAAAGGGCUUUUCAGAUUUGGUGCAAUACUUGGAGAAAUUCGAAACAACAAAAGUUCAGAUUAUCUAUAGCAGCUCAGCGAAGUUGCUGCAAAUUAUUCAAAAGUUUCACCUACAACAAUUUAAUCAAAUUCAGGCCUGUGGUAAAGGCAUUGCGGAGUUGAACAAGCAGCAAAACUAUGAGCAUGAUUUGUCUCUCCAUCUAGACAAACUGAGCACUGGUGUAUUAUUCCUGUUGACUACAGAAGCAGCGUUCUCCCCUCAAAGUUUAAAAUACCAAUUUGAUCUAUUUGAGGAUAUAUCGGCCCAAUUAUCCAUGGGUCAAGUAACUGGAGACUGUCCAGCAAGUAUUUUUUCAACACCUUUCAUGGUCCAUCGGCUUCGAGAAGUGAUUGAAAGUCACAAAGAUGAUGAUCUAAAGUCAAUUUGGUUGCAGUCAUUGGAUAUGCAAUCGGCAUGGAAAAUCAAGCAAGAUAUUACACACGUAAUUUCUCAGUGCUCCCUACCUACUGAUAAAACCGGGAAAGAACAAAAGGUACACAUAAUCAAUGAUGUGUUGAAGUACUUUGAAGAAAAGAAAGCUGGUGAUGCUAUCAUCUUCUUUAAAAGUUGGUUGUUGGAGCUCAAGGAUAGCGUGAUUCCAUUUACUGCAUUUGAUUCAGUGAUCAACUUGUAUGAUGGAGAGCAUACAGAUACCAGUUUGGUCAAAGUGCUCUCAUCAUUGCCAAGAUGUAACUUGGCUUGUUUGCUCUCAAUAACGGAGCACCUAAGUAAAAUUUUUGAGUUGGAUGUAUUUGAAAAUUAUGGCACUUCAGACAAGCUUUCUGAGAAACCUUCUAAAGACGCCAGUGAAUUACAGCUUGCUUCGAAGAAUUUGAACAAUAUGGAUGCCAUAGGUUCAAUACCAUUUGUACACUUGAUCAUGAGGCCAUCCUCAGUCAAAUAUAAAACUGGGUUCAAACCCCCUCUUGAUCAAUAUAUCCAAUUUCUUGGGGAGUUGCUAAAAGUAGAAACCAGGGCAGCCUUAUUUGAGAAGCUAAUUGAGCACGAGACAAAGUAUAAGCAAAAGAAGGAGUCUGAGUUAAAGGCGGGGUUGCAAAUUAAAAAAGUUCCCUUGAUUGAAGUGCCAACUAGUCGACACGAAAACGAACCCAGCGAUAAGAGUGAUGAGGGUUCAGUAACACCCACCAAACAGAAACAUUUUGCAGCUAAAGAUUUGAAAGCUCCGAACCCAAUCAAUGCAGACGCAUUUACUCUUCGACCAUUCAAGACUAAAACCACACCAUUGCCAUCUCCUAGAAAUUCCCCAAAGCAUGGUUUGAGAGAGAAUGGAGACGAAAACAGAUCUAGAAGCUCUUCUGUUUUGGGUGCAACAAUUGACGUUCAAUUCAAUUAA